GACUGCCGGAGACUGUGGGGCGCACUGUGCUACUCUACUAAGAAAGUUCUCACGCUUUGGCUCAGCUUCAGAGCUAAGACAUUCAAUACCUGGCUAAGCCUUACUGCACCUCUUGCUUUUCGGAUUUGCUAUAAUUGCGACACGAGCUGAGAUUGGUCAUUCUGACUAUCUGCUUCUUUUUUGGGAGUCUCGUCAGCAUCCUAUUGGACGCAUUGCCUCAUUACAUGCUCACAUAGUGCACGGAGUAAUCAACAUGCCUCAGUCUUCCAGGGUUUCGACACGCGACGGACAUGAAUCGCGUCAUCGCCUUUCACACCAGGAAGGAGGCUCACGGCGCCACCGCGACAAUAGAUCUCAGUCACCAGAUGGAAGCCCGCAGAGACACUCGGGGGAGCGCAGGAGAAGGUCACCCAGAAGGAGAGAUAGGGAGAGGGAGCCCCGAAGGCCGCGCUCCUCCGAUGGGCACCAUGGCUCGUCGAGUCGUGCAAGCAAACAGACGAGCCAAGUGGCAGUAGCGCUGCCAUAUGGGGCCCGACAACUUUCAAAAGAUGACCUUGGGGCGUUUGAGGCGCUCUUUGGUGAAUACCUGAGCUUGCAGAAGCAACGGAACAUCGAAGACAUGGAUGAUCGGGAGGUUCGAGGUCGGUGGAAGAGCUUCGUGGGCAAGUGGAAUCGUGGAGAGCUGGCUGAGGGGUGGUACGAUCCCGACAUGUUCCAGCGGAUCCUUGAGCGGGAUCCAUUACCCAAGAGACAGCCAGAGCCGCAAGAUGCACCACGGGAACGAGAAGAAGUCGGGCAUCGUGACAGCUCCGGGAGCGAGGAUGAGGACGAGGAUGAGGACUACGGCCCUGUGCUUCCAGGCGCAUCAACCAGCAGCCGUCGAGCUGGCGUUGGAAUUCCGACCAAGGAUGAUCUUGCUAUACGCGAUGAGCUUGUCGCGGAAUCUAGAGAGGCUGAUCGGGAAGAAUUACGCGCUGCCCGCAAAGCUGACCGGAAGCUGCAAAAGGAGCGUCUCGAAGAGCUAGUCCCUCGCGCCGAGGCGGGCACCCGCGAGCGAAAGCUUGAGAAGCGACAAGAGGUCAAUGAGAAGAUGCGGUCAUUUCGAGAAAAGAGCCCUGGUGGAGAAGUGCGUGAUAGCGAGCUGAUGGGAGGAGGCGACAGCUUGGAAGAGUACAAGAAGGCAAAGGAGAAGGAGCAGCGGCGGAAAUCGGAGAGGGAGAUUCGACGGGAAGAGAUGGAGAGGGCGAGGAGAGAGGAGAUUGCGGAGAAGAGGAGGGCGUGGCAGGAGAGGGAGGACGAGACGGUGAGUAUGCUGAGAGAGUUGGCCAGACAGCGGUUUGGGCCUUGAAGAUGGAUGCGGCGUAUCGAAGGCGCUGGUUCCUCGUCUGUCUGUCUACAACGACCCGGAGUUGAAGAUAUGUGCUUCUCUACAUGCUCAGCUUCAACCAUGGCUUAGAUUGUCAGGGUUACGACGAAUCGAGGACGAUCUCUGGAAACCCAAUUGAUACCCGUGCCUUGAGGACGGCUGAACUAUCAAGACGGGUGGCUGUGAGUCUUUGGGCUGGAUCUCACACUGUGAGGGCGGCGCUUGCAAAACUCACCCCACCAACACCAAAAAAUUGAGAGA